ACUGCAUUUCAUAGGAAGGCAAUUGGAAGCGAAGGUUGCUAUUUGUAUCUGUAAAGACAUUUAUACAAAAAGAUGACAGGAAGAAAGAUUAACAAUAUUUUUCUGCUUCUGAUAACUUUUCUUUUUGGAGUAACAUAUACAUUCACACAGAAAGUGCCACAUAAAGACAUUAAUUUAGUUGCUUGUCAGUCUGGUGUCUCAGAAACGGAGGAUGAAAUGGGAUUGGAUGGAGAUGAAAUUCUGCAUGUUGACUUUGAUAAGAAAGAGACGAUCAUAAUGCUUCCCAAAUUCACAGGACAAAUAAUUUACCCUACAUGGGAACAAAUGGCUGAAGCAAACAAGCAGGUCUGCUUAAACAACUUGAAUGUAUCAAUUAAAGCUGAAGGUGCUGUACAAGAAGAGAAAGACCCUCCUCGUGUGAUGGUUUUUCCAGAAAAUGACCUGGUGAAGGGGGAGCCCAAUACUCUUAUCUGCUUUGUCACUGAUUUUCACCCUUCAGCCAUUAAAGUCAGCUGGACCAAGAAUGGUCUACCAGUGUCUGAGGGAAUCACACUUAGCCAAUACUACCCUAAUGAAGAUUUCACUUUUAGAAUUUACUCUUACCUCAGCUUCACACCUCAAUUAGGUGAUCUUUAUACAUGUAGUGUGGAGCACAGUGCCCUUUCCGAGAUUCUUACCAAGUUCUGGGAACCAGAGAUGAAGUCAGAUUCUGAUUUUGGACCAACUAUAUUUUGUGCAGUAGGUCUGACUUUUGGACUGCUAGGAGUUGUGACUGGAACCUUCUUUCUGAUAAAAGGAAACAACUGCAGCUGAAAAAAAACUGGAAUCCUGUGGAAUAACAACACUUUAGGUAUGAUUCCAUUGAAAAAUUCCAUCUCAUAUGACUUAUUAUUUCCGAUGCAAAGAUUUUAAAGAUCUUUCACCUUGAUUAUCAGAAUUCUGUAAAUAUGGUACAUAAAAUUUUGUUUUAUUUCAGUUAUGUUACUAUUCCUUGAGCAAAGCAUAUGUUUUAUAAGAAUAAAUCCAAAUAUGUGUUGUGAUAUUCUUUUAUUCUGUAAUACAAGUCAUAUAAUACUGCAUUUGUAUUUCUCUUAAUUACUAGUGUUUAAAU